AUGUGGGACGGUAAUCUUCGAAAAUACGUCGGACUGUGCUUUCUGGCAUGUUAUUUCCUGUUGGGAGUGCCGCUGUGGUAUAAAUUGACCAAUAUUUAUAGAGCUCCUCUGCCGGUAGAGUAUAUCAAGUCCUUGCAUGAGAAUAAGUUUCAGGACGUGCACCUGGUGAUACCUGUUUAUAUCAAGUCUGACACUUACCGCUUUCCUGAUAUUCAUAAUGCUGUGCAAAUCCAAGUAAAUCAUCUGUUGAACUCAAAGAAACAGUACGUUGGGUGGUCGUUGCAAGUGUUGGCGUAUGAAAGUUUGAAUGCGACCGAAAUCAAGUACAGUGACAAUGAGUACCAUGUAGUCUCCCUGGUAUUGGAUGAUUUCGUUGGAUACUCGGUAGCAUAUGAUGCCAAGGAGACUACGGUUUUCUACAAUGACGAGGCCAUGGUGAAUAACGAUAUUCCGUUUUACGUUGCACAAUCGUUGGUCGAGCAUACUUUUGCCCUUGAGUACAAUCAGCUAGGUUCUGAUCUAUCGACACAUGGGGAUAGUAUGGUUAUCACUUACAAUCCAAAUAUGCAUCUGAGUAUAUCCCUGUUGAGUGGGGAUGGACUACCAGUGGCAUGGGAAAUUGAGUCUACUUUACAACGUUAUUUCACACCUUUCAGGGAAUUUAUGGCACCACUGGUCAAUUUCACCGUUGAUACAAAUAUCGUCUAUUUCAAUGACUUGAAUUUACACAUGUUGAAAGAUCAUGACUCAGUUACUUCUCAGGAACUAUCUCAUACGGUCGAUUUGUCUGAGCUGUCCUCAAUGAAUUACCUCUCCGAUUCUGGAGCCUUGAAUUUGGCCAUAGUUUUUCCAAGCAACAUCACUACUCCGUCUGGUUUCAAAUUUAUAAAUAGCACUUCAAACAGCUCGAGAAUCAGUGAUGAUUGGCAAAGUUUUAUUGUACCACAAUGGGGGAAUAUCAUCAUCAAUAGAAACCCACUGCCACCGAAUGCUCUGUUAAAGGAAUCCUACUUGACUCCCAUCAUGUACCAAUUUGCAACUGAUGUCUUUCAAUUAUUGGGACUCACCAAGGGGUCCCAGGACCUCUCAUCCCCUUUCGUUACCAUAGAUUCAUUCAAGCGGUUAACAAUACUAAGAAAUAUCAACAAGGCAGAGGAAACUUUGUGGUCUCUAGUUAAAUUAACCCAAUCGUUUCAGCAAAUGUCGAUCCCCCAGGAUGUUCUCAAAAAUGCUACUGAGGCUUUGGAUUUGAGACUAAAAAUUAUAGAUAUGUUGAACGAUCCAAACCUAGGCGGAGAUCUUGUCUGGAAUGAAGCCCUGUCACUGAGCAACAAACUCGUUAAAUCUUCAGAGACUGCUUUCUUCCACGGAGAAAUGGUUCAACAAAAUUUCUUCCCACAGGAGCACAGAAUUGCCGUCUAUCUGCCCUUACUUGGUCCCACAUCGGUUGUCAUCUUUUUCGGUUUUAUUAAACUCUUAAAAGAAAAGCCUGUCGAAGACACCAGCGAGAAACAGGAGAAGGAAGUUAUAAAGCAAGAUGGCAAUGAUCAACUCGAAGAUUAA